AUGUCUCCACUGUUCAGUUUUCAAGGUAACAAUUACAAUCGUUUCAGUGACGGCCACCCGGGUAUAGCCGGCAGUGGCGGCAUUCGUGGAAUUCAGGGUGAACGAGGCAGCAAGGGCGCACCCGGCUCACCUGGCCCUAUCGGUCCUCCUGGUCUCGUCGGACCGCCUGGAUCCUGUUCUCAUUGCCAAGUGAACGUUCACAAACCUCAUCGCUCAGAGUCGCCAAGUCACGUUCCUCCAAGCGCUAUCGAGCACGAAACGUCAGAUCUCGGUUACGACGAAGAAGUUUCAAAUAAGCCAAAAUCGCAACCGCGUCAACCAUCAGCGCCAGCGAGACCUUCUCCAGCACAUAAGAAGCACUCAGCGCGAGUCAGACCUACACCAGCUCCAGCUCCACCGUCACCACCAUCACAAUACUCCGUAGAGACCGACACUACAUACGCGCCUGCUCCUCCAGCACCAUCAUACGGUGCCGAAAGUGUGACACAAGCUCCAAUUAGACAAACUACUGAAGAGGCUCCAUACCAGCCACCGCCUACUUUUACACAAGCUCCGGUUAGGUCAACUACUGAAGAGGCUCCAUACCAGCCACCGCCUACAACGCCUUACUCCGCCCCAACCACCACUACGAGCCGCCCUGCGGAGUCAUCAACAUCUUACAACGUUGCCAUCGAACCAACGCAAAACGUGCUGCCCAGCUAUGGUGACGAGCCCACUGAGCCCGUCACACCGGAACCGGAUCAGCCCAAACUUCCUACCGGCUACUCCAACGAUCAGCUCAUUAUCAUGUCGCCAGCUCGUGCCUAUUCGCAGCGGAUCGUCAAAUUCGACCACCCUACAGUGGUCAGAACCAAGCAGGUAAGGGCUACAAUGUGCAACUCGUUCCCAGCUCAUAUGGCGCCAAUCCUAUCGGAAGAUUAUGGGAUGCCGGCACGCCCACGAAGUAUAACCCUGCCCACUACCAACAACUUGCCCCACCUGCUCCCAGGUACAAGCGCGGGUAAAGCUGUGGACGACAUUGCCAGUACAAGCGCCGUAAUAUUGUGGUAUUCUGUCAUGCUCAACUUUGUCUAUAUGCUCUAUUUUAUUUCUGGACGACUUGGUGACGAGGAUUAG